UAUAUAUACACACGAGAAUGAGUUCGUUACUACAAUUACCAAAAAACUCAGAGCGAAUAAAAAUGGAGCAAGACGACUCUGUUUACUAUUUACCUGAUUCAGACUUGGACUUCAGCUUCACCUCCACCACCACCACCACCGACCGUACUCUCUCCGCCCGGAGCAGCUUAGCUCGCAGCAGCAUCACCCUCAGCUUCAACGAGUCCCGCCUCUCCACCGCCUCCACCACCACCACACCUUCCACCGCCGUCCCCAACGCCCACCCCCGCCCACACCGCCGCCACGACAACCCCAACUGGGCCGCCAUUAACGCCGCCACCACCUUAUCCUCCGACGGCGCCCUCCACCUCCGCCACCUCAAGCUCGUCCGCCUCGUCGGAGCCGGCAACCUCGGCCGCGUGUUCCUGUGCCGCCUCCGCGACUACGACGGCGCCGACUUCGCACUCAAAGUCGUCGACCGCGAUUCCUUGACCUCCAAGAAAGUAUCCCACGUCCAGACGGAGGCGCAGAUCAUCUCCGCCCUCGACCACCCCUUUCUUCCGACGCUGUAUGCCCACCUGGAGGUUUCGCACUACACGUGUCUCCUCAUGGAUUAUUGCCCAAACGGCGACCUCCAUUCCUUGCUCCACAAGCAACCCUCGAACCGGCUACCGGUUCGGGCGGUCAGAUUCUUCGUCGCCGAAGUUCUGUUGGCUCUCGAGUAUUUGCACGCGCUGGGGAUCGUGUACCGCGAUCUGAAGCCGGAGAAUAUUCUGAUCCGCGAAGACGGCCACAUUAUGCUGUCGGAUUUCGAUCUGUGUUUCCGCUCCGACGUUUCGCCUAAACUGAACCGCACGACCACCACCCAGAUCGUUAAGGUGGGCCCCACCGGUCGGCGGUGGCGUGAGGAACGCGCGGCCGAAUUCAUCGCCGAGCCCACGGCGGCGUUCUCGAAAUCGUGCGUCGGCACCCACGAGUACUUGGCGCCGGAGCUGGUCGGAGGCUACGGCCACGGCAACGGGGUUGACUGGUGGGCUUUCGGGGUGUUGGUUUUUGAGAUGCUGUACGGAACGACGCCGUUUAAAGGAGGGAGCAAGGAGUCCACCCUCCGCAACAUUGCCUCCGCCAGGGGAGUGAGGUUUCCGGCGGCGGCGGAAGGGGAGAGGGAGGAGGCGGGGAUGGCGGAGGCGAAGGACUUGAUCGAGAAAUUGCUGGUGAUGGACCCGAGGAGGAGGCUAGGGUGCGAGAGGGGUGCGACGGAUAUCAAACGCCACCCGUUCUUCGCCGGAAUAAAAUGGCCGUUGAUCCGGACUUACCGGCCGCCGGAGGUACGUGGGCUGGCCGUGAAACGAAGCAAGCUGAGCAAGGGGGUUGUGGGUGGUGGUGUAAGUGUUUCGUCGCCCAGGCGGCGGCGUAGCUUCUGGAAGAGGGUGAGCCGUUUGAUGGGGAUUAAGGGGUCUAAGUACAGUGGUUUAAAUCCUAAUCAUAAUUACUACUCCUACGUUAAUUAAUUAGACAAAGAUUUAAUUUGGCUGGCGCGUGAGUCUUGUCAAAUUUGUGAAAAAAACCAAAGUUAAUUAGAUAAAUGUUGGAGAAUUAAGUUAAUGAUUUCUCUAUAUACAGUUUGAGAGAUUUGUUAUACAUACAUGAUACAUCAUACAUGUAAAUUCAAACAGAAAUUCCCAGUGCAUUGACUUUUCUUGGUCAACAAUAUAAUUAUAUUUUCCCCCCUUUUGA